UGGCCUACCGCGCCCUCUGGUGGCUCUACUUCGCCAUCACAUCAACAGUGCUAAAUGUAAGGGGGUUGAGUGGGUUGGCUUGGAUUCGGUCAAACCCUGUUACAUUAGACAGAUAGACCCGAUCCGUUCAGGACGCAGCGGUGUGUCAAGACCAGGUCGGGCCCAGUACCCCGAAUCUAUCUGGAGCGGAGUUCAGGACGUGCCCUUCUGCACCGACAGCUUGACUGAGAUCAGACUUCAGAGUCACCAUGAGCUCCCUGUGCACUUUUGCCGCUCUGCUGUGCCUGCUGGCUGGGGCUGUGACUGCCAUUCAGAUCCCACAGACAGUGUUCUUGGAUAAGCAGCAUGCGAGUUCACUGAUCUCCCGUCAGAAGAGGAACGUGGACGGCAGUAACCCGGCUCAGCCUGCAAGCCUGGAGCAGCUCUGCAUGGAGAAAGUGUGCACCUACGAACAGGCUCGUAGUGUGUUCCAGGACUCGUACCGCACAGAUAUCUUUUGGUCAGUCUACAUUGACGGAGACCAGUGUGCAGAGAAGCCCUGCAAGAAUGGCGCCUUGUGCUCUGACAGUGUUGGAGGCUACGACUGCGUCUGCAAAUCAGGAUUUUCUGGAGUCCACUGUGAAAAUGAUCAGACUCUGUGCCCGCUAAAGAAAGACGAGGGCUGCUCCCAGUUCUGUAAACCAGGAUACACAUCCUAUGAGUGUUCCUGUGCACGUGGAUGGAAGCUCACCGGCACAGAAAAGAUCAAGUGUAUUCCUACAGGACCUAACCCCUGUGGUAAGGUAAACAGUCUGAGUCGCUGGAGUGAGAGACUGGCCGGCAACGUAGGCCGCAACUUUGAAGGACUUGUCUGUGCUUAUGCAGAGUGUCCCUGGCAGGCCCUUCUGAAGAGCCCAGAGUCUGCAGGUUUCUGUAGUGGAGUCAUCCUGAAGGAGAACCUGGUCCUGACUUCCGCCCAGUGUGCCAACAAAUACCAAUCCUUCCAGGUGGCUGUUGGAAAGCGCAGCACCAGCGUGGAAAAUGGAGAGCAGACGCUGUACGUAGAUCUGAUUCAUGUCCACCAGGGAUACAUUGAAGGUCGCCCUGAGAAUGACCUGGCUGUGAUCGAGCUUCGCGACCGCAUCCAGUUAAAGAAAGAUGUGAUCUCUGCAUGUUUGCCAGAGAAAGACUUUGCUGACAGCAUCUUGAUGUCCGGAGAAUACCCAGCUAUGAUCACAGGAUGGAAAGAACCGAAAGAGUCAUCCGCUUUCGAGGGCUCACUUACCCUUAACCAACUGGAGUACAAGCCCCUUCCUCAAUGUCUGGAGGCUCACCCCAACCUGAUGAACAACAAAAUGGGCUGCACCGCUCCCCGGACCAAUGCUGAUUGCACUUUGGGCUCUGGCAGUCCCCUGGUCACCCUGUACAGAGAGGUAUUCUUCCUCACCGGGGUGGUCAACCAGCCACCAGGGGGUGACUGCACCAGGGGAUACAUCUUCCAGAAGGUGUCUCGUCAUCUUGGCUGGCUGCAGGGGCUUAUGAGCUCACGUUAGAGGUUGGGGGAGUCAGAGAGAAUAUGGGAGGUUGUUGGAUUUAGAAAAUAGAGGACUCCACAGGUAAAUAAAAAGUGAUUACAGGGAAUAGGGUUUUCAAUAUGCACUUCUUUGUCAGUGUUGUCAUUUUUUCGUCUUUUAAUAAUAUCCAUUUCCUAAUGAAAUACUAUCCAAACAACUACAUAGUCAAGGCAUACGCUUCUCAUCUUUGUCUGUGGACUUCUUUAUUUAUCCACUAGGUGGCUCUCUAAUAACAAAAACAGAGAGGUACUCCUGUGUGUAUCUACCAGCCACAGACUGAGGCUCAGUUAGAGAUGCAGUGAAUUAUUCAGCAUGUGUUUUGUGAUAUGAAUAAGUCUUUUAAUUACCUUUGUGCAAUGCUAUUUUAAGUAACUACUGUACUGUUUGACAUACGCCUUGUAACACUCCAAGUAAUCGCUGUUCUAUAAAUGUAAUAAACCUACUACCACAA